AUGCCAUAUCCACCAAUCCGUCCCCAGGUAGGGACCACAUUUACCCCAACAGUCCAUCACGACACAUACUCCGCCAUCAACCCAGUAACCUGCCAGGGCAGCGUCAAGAAAUCCGUCCUCGUCACUGGUGCCGGGAAGGGCAUGGGACGCUGCACUGUGGUGUCAUAUGCAAAAUCCGGGGCGUCCCGCAUCGCAGUCUGCGCUCGAAAGAUAGACGAAGCACAGGCUGCUUGCGAUGCGGCUCUUGAAGCUGUUCGGCAGGCCGGGUUAACGGCCUCACCGCAGAUGCUUCCUCUCGAGAUGGAUGUGUGUGAUCAACGCAGUGUUGCAGCUGCUGUCGCGAUCUUAGAGUCAUCCUGGAACGGGGGCCUUGAUAUUCUGGUUAACAAUGCCGGGUAUCUAGCCGAGUUCCUCCCCUUGGCUGAGGGAGACGGGGAUGACCGGUGGCGAACUUGGGAGGUCAAUGUUCAUGGGUGGUAUAAUGUUACAAAAGCCCUGCUUCCCCUGUUGCUGAUGGGUAAAGACAAGACAAUCGUCAACGUGUCGUCUGUUGGGUCGCUAGCCUUGACCCCGGGGGCGAGUGCAUACCAAGCAUCAAAGUUUGCCUUGAAUCGGUUGACGGAGUAUCUGAUGGUCGAUUACAUUGAUCAGGGUUUGCUGAGCUACGCCGUGCAUCCGGCCUCUGUACCCACGGCGUUGGCAACUCGCAUGCCCUCUGCCGUGAUCGAUGCAUUCUGCAAUGAUCGGCCUGAACUUGCCUGUGAUUGUAUUGCCUGGUUGACGAGUGAGAGGAGAGAGUGGCUGGCAGGGAGAUAUGUCAGCUGCACCUGGGACAUGGCUGAGCUCGAGGCCAAAAGGGAGGAAAUUAUCGGGGGAGUCCUUCUCAAGCUAAAGUUGACCAUAUGA